CUUUUAUUCUGUGAAAUGGGCUCACCAGAUCCACUGGAUUUGAGCUGUGUUGGCUACCAUUACUUCUUCCGUUGUUCUCAAUUAUGUCUGGGAUGGUGGCUCUGCGGAUCCCCAGAGGCCUUUGGACAGCAGCUGUGAUGGUGACACUGGCGGUGCUGAGCACCCCAGGGACUGAGGGCAGAGACUCUCCACAUGAUACCGUGGUCCACUUUAUGGGCCAGUGUUACUUCAUUAACAGCACGGAGCGGGUGCGGUAUGUGACCAGAUACAUCUACAACCAGGAGGAGACCGCGUACUACGACAGCGAAGUGGGAGAGUACCGGGGUGUGACCCCAAUAGGGCAGUAUUCGGCUAAAUACUGGAAUAGCCAGAAAGAUAUCCUGGAGCGGACGCGGGCGGAGCUGGACACGGUGUGUAGACACAAUUACCAGCUGGAGGUCAUCACGUCCUUGCAGCACCAAGUGGAACCUACAGUGACCAUCUCCCCAUCCAGGACUGAAGCUCUAAACCACCACAACCUGCUGGUCUGCUCGGUGACAGAUUUCUAUCCAGGCAAGAUCAAGGUUCGGUGGUUCCAGAAUGACCGGGAGGAGACAGCCGGAGUUGUGUCCACCCCUCUUAUUAGGAAUGGGGACUGGACCUUCCAGAUCCUCGUGAUGCUGGAAAUGACCCCCCAGCGAGGAGACGUCUACACCUGCCAUGUGGAGCACCCCAGCCUCCAGAGCCCCAUCUCGGUGGAGUGGCGGGCGCAGUCUGAAUCUGCCCAGAGCAAGAUCUUGAGUGGUGUUGGGGGCUUCGUGCUGGGUCUGAUCUUCCUUGGGCUGGGCCUCAUCAUCCGUCGCAGGAGUCAGAAGGGGCUCGUGCACUGACUCCUGAGGAUGCUUUGAUGAGGAUUGGUUCUGCUCUUCUGUAAUAGCUGCCUCUUCUUGCCCAGAAUUCUCAGCUGCCUGUCAUCCUGGUCCUCUGAGAUCAGGUCCUACCUUGACUCUGACACAGUCACCAGGUCACUUCCUGUGACCCCUGCCUCAAGGAUCUGGCUGCUUCUUGCACUGACCCCUGGAGCCUCUGCCAGCUGCAUCUACUCAGACCCCAAGAGUUUUCUUGUUCCCAUUUUUCCAGAACAGACUGUGAGAGAGAAGUACAUUGAAACCAUUUGCCUGGUUAUAGAGCUUUUUAUCAUGAUUAAACAUGAUUAUGAGUUA